AUGAAGCACGAGAAAAACAUCCCAUCAGAACAUCACACCCACAGGAUCGGUGAAUGGCUACCUCACGAUCACCGAGCCCAUAGAGAAUGGCUGGCGGGGGUCAUCGACUACGUGGACCAGAACCCGUCCGACCUACAUCCGGUGCUCCAGGAGUUCAAGGCGCUGAUCGAUAACAACACGAGAGUAUGGUUGUUAUUCGAAUCGAUGUUCCAGCAGGUGCCCAACAAGCCACCGUACAACAACGACCCUCAAGGCCGGGGCCACCCCCAAGUCCGGGACUACAUGCACAUGCUGCAGGUGAUCAACCACAUCUUGACCACGGCGCCAUCGUGGAACGACAAGUCCGAGCGGGUCGGCCUGGUCGGCUUGCCGUUCAACGCGCUCUUCGACUGGCCCAUGGGCACCGCGAGUGGGUUUGCCGUGUUUCUCGACCCGGAAGUCAACGCGAUGCUGAAAAAGGUUCUUAACGCCUGGGGCGACUUCCUACGCUCGCCCGAAUCUGCCGGCGUGCUGGAGAAGAAGGCCAAGGGCAGCUGGUUCAGCGACCACGGACACGAGGAACUCAGCUUCACCGCCAACGUGGGCAAGACCGACUACAAAUUCGAAGACAUGUUCAUCUGUGACCCUUCGGACUCGAGGUACGGAUACAAGUCGUGGGACGACUUCUUCACCCGCCUCUUCAAGGAGAACGUUAGACCCGUGGCCAGUCCCACCGACAACUCGGUCAUCGCCAACGCGUGCGAGUCCAAGACCUUCAAGGUCGCCCACAAUGUCAAGGCCCGGGAUCACUUCUGGCUCAAGGGCCAGCCGUACUCGGUCCGCGACAUGUUAAGCCAUGAUGCUCUGGCCGACCAGUUUGUGGGCGGCACCGUGUACCAAGCGUUCCUCAGUGCCCUCAGCUACCACCGCUGGCACGCACCUGUGUCGGGCAAGCUGGUCAAGGCGUACGUCGUCGACGGCACCUACUACUCGGAACCGCUGUUCGAGGAUUUCACCGCCGAACAUGCCGCCGACCCCGAGGGCCAGGUCACCAGUCAAGGAUACCUGACUGCCACGGCGACACGAGCCAUCAUGUUCUUCGAGGCCGACAACCCAGCCAUUGGACUGAUGGCCUUUCUGGGCAUCGGCAUGUGCGAGGUGUCGACCUGUGAGAUGACGGUCAAGGAAGGACAACAUGUCGACAAGGGCGACGAAAUCGGCAUGUUCCAUUUCGGCGGCUCGACCCAUUGUCUGCUGUUCAGGAAGGGAGUCGAGGUCGAGGGAUUCCCGGAGCCCAACCCAGAGCACAACGUGCCCGUGAGGAGCGCGCUGGCGAGGGUGAAGACACAGUAA